AUGGCUGAAAAAUUAACAUUGGUAAUCACGUUUGCAUCUCGAAUAUCUCGAAAUUCAAAUCAUCAAGUUGGUCGUCCUACAGCUUUGACUAAAACAGAAGAGAAAAAUUUAGUUGAUUUGAUUAUUACUUUACAAGAUUAUGGUGAAAUAUCAACGUGUGAUGAUAUAUUGAAAAAUGCAACUGAAUUUGUUGACAUAAUGAAUUUAAAGUCUCGAUUGAAAAAUGAUGCACCAACGCGUGAUUGGUAUUACAGUUUUCUACGGCGGUGGAAAGACAAAUUAAAAAUAAUGAACAGCACGAAAUUAGAAAAAGUUAGAGCCAAUGUUACAUUGAGUACCGUUGAUGGUUGGUUUGCCAAGCUCCAUUCAGUUUUAUUGAAACUCGAUUUAUUUAAUAAGCCUCAACAAUUGUUCAACUGUGAUGAGAAUGGUUUUCGAGAUGAUCCAGGAAAAAAGGUCGUCCAAAAAGAUGCUACAAAAAAGUUAGUUAAACCUAACUUUAUCCGACUGCAUGCUCAACUAUAUCAAUAUGCACUUAUACGAGCCCAUUGUUCAUCUGCUUUAGGAAAAGCAGGUAUUUUUCCAUAUGAUCCUCGCGCAAUUAAACGUGAUAAACUUAUUAAAGCAUCUUCACGUUCAACAACAUCAAACGUCUUACCUCGUUCAAAGUCUGUCGAAUUCAAUUACCUUGACAAUGAAGUGAUAACAACAACAUCACCAUCACCAUCACGAUUGGAUUCAAAUCGAAACCAUCAAUUGGUAAAAUAUCCACCUGAUCCAGCUCUUUUUUCCGGUUAUGAUGAAUCAAAUAAAACAAAACAACAAUGA